GGUAAUGCAUGAUUGUGAGCCGGCUGGUGAAAAUGUGUGCAACUCUGAGUUUGUGUGUCUGCAGGGUGAUGGCUGUGGGACUGAUGACGUCAGCGUGUGGUUGAGUGUGUGUGAGAAGGCCGAAGACUGGAAUUCCUUCACUCUUGAACCUGCAGUCUUGUAUUCUCCCACAGUGAAAGCUUACAGAAUGGAUGUCCAGCUUGAGGUCAGCUGUCAGAGAUCAGUCCAACUGAUUUCAGCCAACAUGUUUCCUGAGGAAGAUCUUAACCACACGUGUUUGUCAGAAUCUGAACUGGAAAACAUUCCGGCCCUGAAGGCUGUUCCUAAAUCUCUGUGGGCUACCUCUAACUAUGAUGUAGGGCUGAUUAAGAACUGUCCUCCUGUUGUUAUCACUCCACGUUCUGAUUAUCGCCCUCAUCAGAAGCAAUAUCCUUUGAAGCCUGAAGCUGUGCGUGGUAUCAUACCUGUGUUUUCUGCUCUUCAACAGGCGGGAAUAGUCAAACCCUGUGCUUCUUCUCCUUGCCGUUCUCCUAUGUUUCCUGUAAAAAAGGUCAGGGAUGCGGGUGAGCCAGAGGAAUGGAGAUUUUGUCAGGACCUUCAAAGAGUCAACUCUGCGGUUCAACCCCGUGCACCAUCAGUUCCGAACCCUUGCACGGUACUGUCUCAGAUUCCACAGGAUUCUUCUUGGUAUAGUGUCUGUGAUUUGAGUAAUGCUUUCUUCUCAAUCAGGAUACAUGAAGACAGCCAGUUCUGGUUUGCUUUUGAGUUCCUAGGUCAGACCUGGACCUUCAGUCGUUUGUGCCAGGGGUUCUGCGAGAGCCCCACCAUUUUCAACGCCGCCAUGAGGGAAAGUUUGUCUGGCUUGGUCCUUCCUCCUGAUACCACUCUAUGUCAGUACAUGGAUGACCUUUUGAUUGCUUCUAAAACACAUGAGGAGUGUGAGGAAGCCACUAUUGCACUGUUGAAACAUCUAGCUGAACAGGGUCACAAAGCUAGUCUGAAAAAGCUGCAAUUUGUGCAGCAAACAGUUACAUUUCUGGGUCAUGUGAUCUCCGCAGGUAGCCGCGCCAUCUCUUCUAAGCGUGUGUCUGCUAUCCAGAACAUUCCUCGACCCCGCACUAAGAAACAGCUCAUGUCUUUUCUGGGGACAACUUCCUAUUGCAGGAAUUUCAUUCCUAAUUAUUCCAUCAUGGAAGCACCGUUGUCAGCACUCAGUCAUGGUAAGGGACUGAGACCAGGUGAUGCCAUCUCCUGGAAUGAGGAUGCAGAACGUGCAUUUGUUGAUCUGAAGCUGGCACUACAAACUGCCCCCACUCUGGGCCUGCCAGAUCCUGAGAAACCAUUCGUUCAGGCAGUGGAUGAGAGGAAUGGCUCGAUGACUUCAGUCCUGCUCCAGACUCACGGAGGUAAGUUACGCCCUGUUGCUUAUCUCUCAGCUAAACUGGACCCUGUCGCUAGGGGCCUCCCGUCCUGUUUGCGAGCCGUGGCCGCCGCCGAAAAAGCUGUGCUGGCUUCUCGUGACAUUGUGGGUUAUUCUGAUUUAACCCUUUUGGUCCCUCAUGCUGUUUCCAUGAUCUUGCUGGAACAGAAAACCUCUCAUCUCUCUGCUGCGAGACAUCUCAGGUACACCUCCAUCCUGUUGGACAUGCCCAACAUCACAGUUAAGCGGUGUACCGUCUUGAAUCCUGCUACCCUGCUCCCUACUGAGGACGACGGAGAGCCGCACUGCUGUGUGGCUGCAUUGGAACAAACGUGCACGCCCAGGCCAGAUCUUAAGGACACCCCACUUCAGAAUCCUGAUCUUGUCUUGUACGUCGAUGGAUCAGCACGACGUGACCCCAGGACUGGGGUGAACAAGGUGGGUUUUGCUGUCUGCACUGACCAUUCUACUGUUGUUUCUGCUUCUCUGCCAAGCCAUUUCUCUGCCCAAACAGCUGAGCUCGUGGCACUGACAGAAGCCUGCCGUUUUGGGGCGGGGCGGAGAAUCACGGUCUUCACGGACUCGCGGUACGCUUUUGGGGUGAUUCAUGAUUUUGCAGCACUCUGGAAACACAGAAAUUUCCUAAAAUCUGACGGUAAGCCUAUUCUGAAUGCAACACAGAUCUCAGACCUCUUACAGGCAGUUUUGCUUCCUUCAGAGAUUGCUGUGGUCAAAUGUCAAGCGCAUGACUCUUCCUCCACUGCUGUGGCCAGGGGUAAUGCCCGUGCGGACGCUGCAGCGAAAGUGGCAGGGGACAAGCCCCGUUUGCACACUCCUGUUUCAUCUUUGAACACCUGCAUGUCGCUGUCUUCUCUACAGUCAGAUCCUCCUCCUGUCUCUGUUCCUCCUCCUCCGCAUUUUCUCUCUCCCCCUGUGUCUCUCUCGUCCCUCCUCCAUGGCUCCUCCCUUCUUCCUCCCUCCCUCUCGGGGGAAUCACCGGCUCCUCCUCCUCUUGCUUGUGGUGCAGGUCCCCCUGCAGCUGUUUCUCCCCCUGAUGAUCUGAAGGCUUUACAGAGCUUUGCCACUAAACCUGAGAUCCAACUUUGGGAAAAAUCGGGAUCGAUUUUUCAGGAUGGGGUUUGGCUGGGUCCGAAUGGACUCCCCUGCUUGCCAAAACAGUUCUUCUGGUUUUAUGCAAAGAUCACUCAUGGCCGGGACCACGUGUCCAAAGGGGGUAUGCAUCUGGCGCUGUCCACACACUGGUACACACGUGGUUUCACUACCUAUGUGGAGAAGUUCUGUCAGAAGUGCAUGAUCUGUGCUGUCAACAACCCAGGUUGUUCGUGACGCUUUUCCACGUCCUGCUGAAACCGUGUGCCAUUCGAUCCGUCCCGGAGACUGGGUCCUGAUUAAGAACCUCAAAAGGAAGCACUGGCGUUCCCAACGGUUCUGUGGACCUUUCCAGGUGCUCCGGACGACGGACACGGCCGUGAAGGUGGCAGAACGUGCCACUUGGGUCCACGCAUCACACUGCAGGCGGGUGCCCAUUCCAUCAGAGUCCAGGGACACUUCAGGGGACCCCACCGAGGGUGCAGCUGUAACGCCUGGCCCUUAGCCUGAGAAGGAGCCUAGCAACGGGACGUCGUGGCCCCGGACAGAGCGGGUGUGCAGUUCAUUUCCCCUGUGGGAAAAAGGAAUGGAACCCUGGAUGCGUCAACACCGUCUCCCACCUGCACAUCUGGUGGUGUUUCAGUGCAGAUGUUGGUGUCUGCCUCUGUUUGUUUUAGCAGCACUGUUUUCGCUACUGUACGUGCUGUCUGCCCUGACAGCAGGAGUUUCACCUGUUCCACCUUCACCUGGUACAUUUUCAGUUCCUGAGUUACACAGACGGCGACGCCAUGUCAUCAAUCAAUAUGAUGAACAUGACAACUUGUGGUAUGCACUUGCUAAGCAGACCACAACCAAAGUGAUUAAUAGCACAUGUUACGUGUGUUCUCUGAUCCUUCAUGCCACACCGACUGGAGACUGGAGAGCGGCUGGGGCUAUCCUUCCUGGCUGCCAGAUCAGUGGGUAAAUCUAACAGUACA